AUGUCGGCCACGAACGUGAACGCGCAGGGUGGCAGUCCCCUCUUCACCAAGUUACCCCAGGAACUACGCAAUGCGAUCUACGCCAGCUUUUUCUCAUCGACCCGCCUUACUCAUGGCCGCAAGUACAAGAUAUCUUGUGAUGACGAUUGCUUCGCUCGACCUUCCGCAAACAGUCUCGCCCUCCUUCGAACUUGUCGCCGUGCCUCGAGCGAGAUCGGCAGCACCUGGGUUGGCCAGGUGCUCUUCUACUUUCUCGACAUUCACACCAUGAUGGCUAAGUUGACCACCGCCCCUCAUUCUAUGCUCUCUCAGAUCCGACUUCUCCGCGUCGACCAGACUUGGGUCCCUUACUACAUCCCACAAGCUGAGAAUCUCUUCUUGCGAUCGUUCCUUGACCUGCUACCAGGCCUCUCCUUGCAGCUCCUCAUUGUGAAAGGUGACGCGAUCUUGCGUUCCUGGCUCGCCAUUGAAGACCUCAUGGAGCACGGAUCGGGCUGGACCGAGCUCAAUGUUCACUUUCCCACCUCAGUUCUGUCACCCCUGUAUCGCAAUCACUCGCGACAUGGCUAUAAAAUCAGGACAAUUCCGGCGGAGUUGCAGCAAGACCCCGAGACGUCCGAGAGCACAUCUUCUAGCCUCACAGUGGAAUUGUUCCGCAGUAAACGCACUGGCAGCUCGGGUGCCGUGUUUAACGAGGACCUACGAGAACCAGCCUCGGUCACUUUUGACUGCAGCCAGUAUUCGGGGCGUGUUUCUUCUCCGGGCGACAGGUUCAUCCAUCGUAAGGAGCUGCUGUUGGCUGUCAGACGACCCCGUGGGGUAGACAGCACAGUGGAGCAGCGUGUUGUUUCACGGGAGAUGGUGAGGGUCCACAAGCUGGGUUCGAGAAACCCAGACUGGAAGAAAAAUCGCCACGGGUCCGGCGGCACGGUCGGACGCGCAGACAGCUAUUACGAACAGGUGCAGGAUCAGUACGACAAUGUUCAUGAAUUCAGAGGACCAUUCUAG